GCGCCAUCCUCUGGCUCAGCACAAACGUGCAGCUAUGCAGCCAGGAGUGUUAGACGAGCUCCUUCGCCAUUUUCACGCCCACCAACCCCCCGUAGAGGGAAGCCCACCUCCCGGCUUUAACUGACGCUGAAACGGGCGAACUGAAUCGGAGGAGACUGGAUGCGGCCGGCCCCUGACGUCAGGAUGCCGGGGGAGGAGUGACUUUGUGCUGCUGGUGCAGCGGGGAAUGACACGGGGGUUAGCGGAGCGGUGCGGAGCCGGCGCGGGUAGGGCGAUUUCCCAGCCGCCUUUAUUAUAAGGGCUUAUUAUAAGGGAAGCCGAAGAAAUGCAAACGAUGGGGAGUAAGGACUGAGCGGACGGUGGCGCCGUGGCAGCGGUCUUCCUGACAUCCCCGCUCCUCCUCGCAGGAGUAUAGCGUGAGGCACUUGGGCAUCAGCAGGCAGAAGCACAUCCACACUGGGGCGUCUGGGGAACGAGUUUCGUGCCGAAGAGAUGCCGAUCGGCCUCCCAGUGACGCUAACAGCUGUUUCCAGAUGAGCACCUAAAGCCUGGCGGCUACAUCGGUUUCCACUGCGCCCUGGGCGCCCCAUCCAUAUGAUCACAUGACCCUGGAUAUGGACGCGGUCCUGUCACACUUUGUUCGGUCCACUGGGGCAGAACCUGGUCUGGCAAGAGACCUGCUGGAAGGGAAAAACUGGGACCUGAGCGCUGCCCUCGGUGACUAUGAGCAGCUGCGGCAGGUCCACACGGCCAACCUCCCCCACGUGUUUAACGAGGGCCGUUACCAGAAGGCGGGAGAGCGGGACACGCCUCAGCACCAGAGCAAGCCGGAGCGGCCGGGCGUGCCCAAGCAUGAGGAUGGGAUGCAAGAGAAACGCCUCACGCGGGGCAUCUCCCACGCCAGCUCGGCCAUCGUGUCCUUGGCACGCUCACACGUGGCCGGCGAGUGCGGCGGCAGUGAGCAGCUGCCCCUGGAGUUGCCCAUUUACACAUUCCAGCUGCCCGACCUCAGCGUCUACAGCGAGGACUUCCGGAGCUUCAUCGAGUGGGACCUCAUCGAGCGUUCCACCAUGGUGGCCCUGGAGCAAGCUGGUCGCCUGAACUGGUGGUCCACCAUGGGCACCAACUGCAAACGUCUGCUCCCGCUCACCACCACAGGCGACGGAAACUGUCUCCUGCACGCCGCCUCCUUGGGAAUGUGGGGCUUCCACGACAGAGACCUAGUGCUCAGAAAGUCCCUGUACGCCAUGAUGAAGAGCGGCGCCGAGAGGGACGCCCUGAAGAGGAGGUGGAGGUGGCAGCAGACUCAGCAGAACAAGGAGUCGGGGCUGGUGUACACGGAGGAGGAGUGGGAGAGGGAGUGGAGCGAGCUGCUGAAGUUGGCGUCCAGUGAGCCGCGAACACACGUCAACAAAAGUGACGGCACGGCUGGAGGGGUGGAUAACUCAGAAGAGCCCGUGUACGAGAGCCUGGAAGAGUUUCACGUCUUCGUGCUGGCGCACGUGCUGCGACGGCCCAUCGUGGUGGUGGCCGACACCAUGCUAAGAGACUCUGGAGGAGAAGCGUUUGCUCCCAUCCCCUUCGGGGGGCUCUACCUCCCCCUGGAGGUCCCUCCAAACCGGUGCCACUGCUCCCCGCUGGUGCUGGCAUACGACCAGGCCCACUUCUCCGCCCUGGUGUCCAUGGAGCAGAAGGAGCAACAGCGAGAGCAAGCUGUUAUUCCCCUGACUGACUCAGAGCACAAGCUGCUGGCUCUCCACUUCGCUGUGGACCCUGGGCAGGACUGGGUGUGGGGGAAGGACGAUGGAGACAGCAGCAAGCUUGCCAAUCUCAUCCUGUCUUUGGAAGCCAAACUCAACCUUCUGCACAGCUACAUGAAUGUAACGUGGAUCCGAAUUCCAUCAGAAACAAGGGCUCCCCUGGCCCAGCCGGAGUCUCCCACAGCCUCGGCCGGAGAGGACGUGCAGUCACUGGCAGAGUCCGCCGACUCGGACCGCGACUCCAUCUGCAGCAACUCCAACGUCAACAAUAGCAAAUCCAGCAAGGAGAAGGAGAAGGACAAGCAGCGCAAGGACAAGGAGAGGGAGAAGGAGAAGACACGGGUCGACUCGGUGGCCAACAGGCUGGGAAGCCUGAGCAGGACGCUGGGGAUUAAACUCAAGAAAAACAUGGGGGGGCUGGGGGGACUGGUCCACAGCAAGAUCAGCAGGUCGAGCUCCACCAACGGGCGUAACACCGAAAACGGCGAGAAGCUCCGCAAGAAGGACCUCAAAUCACAAAAAGGCAGCAAGGAGGAGUCGGGCCAUUCAACCACCACAUCCUCCUCAGAGAAGACCACCAGCCCCUCCCCCAUUGAGGGGCCACUGGGCUCCUCCCCCCCAGAGAAGCUCGGUAUGCUGGGCAGGCCUCUGGGCGACAAGGCAGCGGACCCAUGGAAGUACAGUGCCGACGUCAAGCUGAGCCUGAGCAUCCUGCGGGCGGCCAUGCUGGGUGAGCGCAAAUUCAUCCUGGCCGGAUUGCUGCUCACUAGCCGCCGGCACCAGUUCCACCAGGAGAUGAUCAACUUCUACCUGGCCAACGCCCAGGAGCGCUUCAGUGCUGAGCAGGAGCAGAAGAGGAAGGACGCAGAGAGGAAAGUGCUGCCCAACGGCAUGGUGGCAAGGAAGCCUGAGCAGGAGAGCUUGCUCCAGAAGGACAAGCCUCACGGCUCACCAGACGCAGCCGGCUCCCCCCUCCUACACCAAAGCCAUAACUCACAGCCAGUCGUAAAGACGCAGGAGAGGAACAGCCCCACGCUGGCCCCUCCUUGUAACGGUGCUAAAAAACCUGGGCCCAUCCCCGUGUCCGUCCACUACAGCCACACACCCCCAAUCCAGAGGCAUAGUGUCAUCCAUCUACAGCCAAGCUCUCUCCCCAUUGAACCCCGCAAGCCAGCCGCCCUCCUCAUUGAACCUCGCAAGCUGGCCACCCUCCCUAGUGAGCCCCGCAAGCCGGCCGCCCUCCCCAGCGAGACUCGCAAGCCGGCACUGGGCAGCUUGAAGACAUGCGCCACCUACCCCCAGCAGAACCGCACGCUGUCCUCUCAGAGCCACAGCCCGAACCGGGCGCCCGGGAACCACGUGCCGGGGGCCCGCACCGGUGACCCCUACAGCAUGCCUGGGGAGCACAAGUCCCACACGUAUACUAACGGCUUCGAGGCCAGCAAUAGCGGCGAGCCCCUGGAUGAGGGAUCGCCCGCUCGGGCCUGGCCGAGCCGCGACAAGUCCAGAGGCCGCGGCACCAGCUGCGCCUUUUACUACCUGCAGCAGAAACGCUGCAAACGGGGGAACUGCUCCUUCUACGGAAGGCCAGAAACCGAGAACUACUGCUCGUACUGCUACCGGGAGGAGCUGCGGCGCAGGGAGCGCGACGGCAAGGCGCAGCGGCCCGGAUAGCCCUGGUGAUGCAGCCGCUGGUGCAGACGCCCUCAGCGAGGCCCUGGGGACAGCGGCAGCCCGGCAUCCAGCUUCCUGCCCGUCCGGGAAACCCCUCUUUGUUCUUGCGCCCGAUAACAAAGCGAACGUGGCUGAAAUCGGUUUACAGCUUUGGCCAGAGAUUUUUGUUGUUUUAUUUAUGACUCAGAUUACGAAUUUUAUAUAUUUUUAAAGUAAAAUCUUUUAUUCGAUGACGCAGGGCCAUAUUACAGCAUCAUAUUGUUUGUGAAGCAUAUGUGCAACAUCACAAAAACCUCCAUUUAGAACAGUUUAUUCAGAUGCAAUAUGACACAGCUGAAUGAUUUUGUUCGUAAAACUAAUUUAAUUAUGGAAGUAAGUUGCAUAGAGAGCAAAUAUAAGUGCAACAUGUUUUUUAAAAGCAAUAAGUUAUCUGGUGUCUUGAUGUCGAGUUUGUGUGAAGAUGUUUUUUUCCCUAUGCAUUAAUGUUUUCAGCAGAUAGCAUAUUUUGUCAUACCACAGCCAAGUAUGGGCGGUUUUAGUUGAAUACAAUUAAAAUCAGUUCAUGAGCA